AUGUCAUUUGGUCUAGUCGCCCAGACUAUAGUAUCCUCGUUCUGUAUUGUCGGGCCCGGGUCAUGCCUAAGACCCGCUAUUCCGGAGAUUACUCCCCCACCCCCGAGAGAAGAAAAGAAAAGGAAAGAAGAGAGAAAGGAAAACUGGAAUCUAGUAAAAAACAAACUGGGCGGAUGCCCGAGUAAUCUGGUCUUACCUGUCGCCAGAUUCAUGUGGGGAACACGUUCCCACUUCUCCUCUGCAAUCAUGCUGGGAGGAGCUGUGGAGCUCAGAGCCCUGUCUCUCGCACGCCCUCCCUUAUCUUAA